AUAUUAGUACAUAUUAUUGUUAUGCUACAUGUAUCCAUGCCAGGAGGGCGCUGAUAGAUGUUAAUUUAGAAUGUUGAGAGGAAAGGGCAUGCCAAAAAGCAGAAGACAAUGAUGAAUUGUUUCUCCUUGAGCGUUUGAAAUGAAGGAAGGUGAAACCUUGGAGUCUGCCAUGACUGCUCCUGCAGGACCACCAGAACACACCUGAGAAGUUCCAGCCUCCAAGCGAAAUGGGUGUAGCAGAAAUGUGACAUCAAGAUCAGCUAAGAUUGUGCAUGGAGUGUUUGCAAAUCAGCCAUGGCGAUGAUGAGACUAUCAGCACUGCAGUUUAAUGGCGAGAUGAUUUGUGUCGAAGUCACACCAGGGGUGACCGGCAGAGAGCUCAAGCAGCAGAUCAAAGAAAUACGACUAUUGGAUGAAGUUGCUCGCCAAACUACUGUGGUGGAGAUUGUUGUCGGAGACAGGCUGCUGGGCAAUGAUGAAAAAGUGGCCAAUGUCGGGGCAGAUUUGCACGUACACGUCGUUUUCAAGCAAAACAGUGUGAGAUGCUCCAGCAGGUGUGCAAUUACCAGCUCUGAAAUUGACUUGGACCAUUUGCUCGUCGUUGAAAUCCCAGAGGGUGAAACCACCAUUUCUGAUAGUGCUUUUGAAGACUGCCAAAGAUUGGCCAACUUGAUCAUUCCAGACUCAGUCACUCACAUUGGGUGUCGCGCCUUUCAGGGUUGCACCAACUUGGUGAACUUGGCCAUCCCUGACUCCGUGACUCACAUUGAGAGUGGUGCCUUUCAAAACUGCACUUCAUUGGUGAAGUUGAUCAUCCCCAACUCAGUGACCCACAUGGGGAGUGGGGCCUUUCGGAACUGCAGCUCUUUAGUGAACUUGACCAUCCCGAACUCUGUGACUCACAUUUCAAACGUAGCCUUUCGGAAUUGCAGUUCUUUGGUGAACUUGACCAUCCCGGACUCUGUGACGCAUAUCGGGUAUUAUGCCUUUCAGGGUUGCACAUCUGUGGUAAACUUGACCAUCCCAGACUCAGUGAUCCACAUCAGGUAUUGUGCUUUUCAGGGUUGCAGCGCUUUGGUGACCUUGACCAUCCCAGAUUCAGUGACCCACAUUGGGGAUUACGCGUUUGGGGGUUGCAGCUCCUUGGUAGACUUGGCCAUCCCAAACUCAGUGACCAGCCUUGGUGUUGGGGCCUUUGCGAAUUGCAGAUCUUUGGCGAACUUGACCAUCCCAGACUCGGUGACCCACCUUGGGCAUCGAGCUUUUGAGGGUUGCCGCUCUUUGGUGAACUUGAUCAUCCCAAAAACCGUGACCCACAUAGGCGACCAUGCCUUUCAAAACUGCAGCUCUUUGGUGAGCUUAUCCAUCCCGAACUCCGUGACCCACAUUGAGAGUGGUGCCUUUCAAAACUGCACUUCCUUGGUGAAUUUGAUCAUCCCCAGCUCGGUGACCCACAUUGCGGCCAGUGCAUUUGAGAAUUGCAGUUCUUUGGUGAACUUGACCAUCCCGGAUACUGUGACCCAGAUUGGAGAAAGUGCUUUUGCACAUUGCAGCGGUUUGGGCGCUUGAGAAUCUCAUGCUCCGGAAAGUGCCACCGAAACACCAUGGGGAGUCCACGAUAGCUUUUAGCUCCAAGUGCUGAUGUUUGCCAAGGGGCUUCUCGCGCAGCUGAAAACAAGGAAACAAUGAACACACUCACAGGCACUUUUUUUUGUGGCGCGGUUGGGUGGAGGAGGCCAAGCGAUCCUUGUACCAAGCGAUCCUUUACUUCUUGUGGUUGUGUACCCAGGUCACCUCAAAUGUGUGGUCUCAUGUGGUCUCUACUUUUUUCUCCUCUCCAUCCUAAUGCUUGCAAUUUAUGAUUUCUCUUUAUGACGUUUUAUGAUGUCAAACACCCUAAUACGCCACCUCUCACAGAGACAGUCCCGCCCGUUACCUUUCACCAAUGUUCAUCCACCCAGGGCCUUUCGAUUCUGGCAGGUCACGCCCCAUGGGGACCCGUCAUGAACACAUCCACACGACCUUUCUGGGACUACAGACUCGGCGUGAAAAACCCACUCCAAUGUAUCCCUAGGGCUCCAGUCGUACCUUCGUUUUGAAGGUGGGACUGGGGUGGGUGCCAGGAGGGUCCAGUCAUACCGAACCUGAGGAGGCACGACUGGAGCCCGGGUGGGUAAGUUAAUAUGGCAGUUUCAGGGAGUCUUGGAGUUUCAUGGAGUUUACGAGUUUACAGUGGAUCCACUGGAUCCACAGCUUGCAGGGACUCCGACUCCAUGCCCCCAUGCCACCCAUGCCGGCACCCAAGCGGGUGAAGCGUCACCGGCAGGUGACCCUGCGUGACGCCGUUUGAACGCUGCUUUCGUCAUGCACGACCGGCUCGUUGGACGUGCAGAUGCAGUGAUGCUGUGAUGUCCCAGCCCAUUUUCUUCGGUGCGUGUCCUUUGAAAGGUAGGUGGAUGGUCGUCCACUCCCAGGGGUCGUUCACUCGCGGGGUAGUUCACUUCCAGGUGGGGAAGUUCAUUUUCGUCAAGUCCCGGAAGUUCUGAGGCAAGAUCCAGAGCAGCUGGUCCAUGUGCAUUUGGCCAAGUUGAAGCAGCUGACCCACCUGGACCUGUCGUCCUGCCGCCUGGCACGCCUGCCGCAGCUGCCGCCGCAGCUGUCAGAGCUGCGAGUCAACUCGAACCACCUGCGCUCGUCCCAAGGGAUCCGCCACUGUCGGAAACUCCGUGAGGUGCACCUGGCGCGGAAUGAAUUGAAGAGCACGGAGGAACUGGAGAUGCUCUUAGAACUUCAAGUGCUGGAUCUCUCUGAGAACUCUUUGACCUCCAUCCAGCGAAGCUUGCGACCCUUGGCGGCCUGUGCGCAGCUGAAAGAUCUGCAUGUGAAAGGAAACCCGCUCGCAAAGGGUGAGGCUCGUGCACUGCUCUCGACGCUGCGACAUCUCUUUCCCAGCUUAGUCACUUUGGACGCUCAACCUCUCCACUUGAGAGGUAGCUCCCGCAGCUCCCACGUGCCGCGGCUGAACGCCGCGCCGCGGCUGGACGCCGCGCCGAACGGCGGACGUGGCGGAUACGCCACGGUCGGUCCGGCGAACUAUGCCAGGUCCACCUGCAGUAGCCUGCGCCGGUCCACCAGCGAGGGCGCGGGUGCCGGAAGAGAAGGACGAGAACGCCCGCCCACCAGCACUCCAGCACCGCGCGGCGGUACGCAGCGCUCGGCGGUACGGCCCAGCCACUUUGCUCCGCCUCCUCGCCCCUGCUCGCCGCCGACCUCGGCGGCCGACGUCAGUGGCGCCACGCAUGGCGAGCGCCUGGACGAUCAGAGGGGUCAGAGGCUGUCUCCGGACGCUCGCUUCCGCGCAUCUCCCGCGCGGGAGAUGCGCGAUGCUGCGGGGCGCCAGACGUUGACGACGAACAGGGCGACGGCGAAAGCUGUGGUACCGCCAAGGACGGUGACCCAGGAGCACCUGGUCCAAUACCGAUGCCUCAUCGAGGAGAAGCGGCGCUUGCUGCGCAAGAUCUCCUCGGAGCUGGGGGACGGCGUGGCCCGGCGCUGCUUCUCCGAAGUGCCGCUGCUGCGGAGGUGCCGACCCCCCUGGGGUGCGGUGCGGUGUUCACAAAGUCCUCGGUCGGACCUUGAUGCCGGUACAGACGGCCGUCGAGGUGAGGCGACUGCCGUGUUGAUGCUACGCGGCGACUUGCGGGAUGAUGUGGGAGCCAAAAGAGCAGAUGCUGAUGAUCGCUUAUGGCGAACGCUCCAGGGUGCUGCCGACGACGCGCAUUCCGCGGUGUCGACCGAGUGGCAGGAUGGCUACCAAGACUUGAUGAAGCUCUUCAAGACCGCCGCAGCCUCACCUCAGGCUUUGGCCCAAUCACGAGGGUCUCGGGGUUUGGGCGGCGGCACGGGUCUGGUGUCCGGCCGGAAGGGCGGGACGGUUGCGUGGGAGGCUCGUAGAGUUCCCAACCCGCAAGACCCAAAGAAGGGCCUCCUGGGCCUUUCGGAGAUUUCGGAUGCCUUGCAACGGAUGUCCCUCAGUGGUACGCCCAACUUGGAGCAGUGGAGCGAGGCGAUUUCAGCCGCUCGGCGACGGUCUCCGUCUGGUCUGGGCGGCCGCCCGUUGGGCGGCGAAGACGGAGAAUUCCGAGCAGCUGGAGGACGGUUCUUCUGUGGCUUGGGCAGAGGAGGAUUGCCAGAUCACUUGGGUCAGAUUUUUGAGAGUUUGGAUGAUUCAUGA